AGCUGUAAACUUGGCUUGAUUUAUCUUGCUUUCUCAAGAGGAAUAACCCUGGAUCUCUGGUCAAGCAGGCUUGGUGGAAGAGGGAAUCCUGUCAAAAAUAACCUUGUCACAGAAAUAAUUCAUGCCAAAGCCAAAAGAUUUAGGGCAGAACUUGGGGAAUUGCACAAAAAGCAUCUAUUUGUACCUCAGGAAAUCAAAAUAAUUAUUCUGGCUAUUUCCUUCACACACUUCCUGAACAGAAAUUCUUGAUGUGAUGAUAAAGAUGGAACAAAGGAAAAACCCAAGUAUUCCAGAUCUCCAGAGAUCAGAAGACACUGAAGCUGUCCUAGAUGUCCAGUUGGGCCUUCCUAAUGUGAUGAUAAAGAUGGAGAAAGAAGAUGACGAUCACUUGGUACCAAAUCACCACAGCUCUGAGGAAAGCAAAGCCUUCCCUGGUGCUCACUCAGGCUUCCCUGCCAGGUUGACAAAAGUAAAAGAAGAGAAAGGCUUGCGGGAUCAUCAGGAAUUGGAGGGGAAAAAACCCUUCCUUAUUGCCUGUUCAGGAUUUCCAGGUCUCAAAACAGACUUGAUCCCCCAAUGUGACCAAGCGGGAAGAUCUUGGACUCAAAAGCAAAAUGUCUCUGGAAAAGAUGAGGUUCUAGAUCACUCUUCAGGCUUUCCUGUUGCGGUGGUAAAAGUGGAAGACUCGUGGGACCACGAAGGAUUGGGAGAAGUCAAGGGUGUCAGAGUCUCGUGCUCAGAGUUUCCUGUUAUGAGGGUAAAGGAGGAAGAAGAAGAAGAGGAGCUGCUGGAAUCAGAUGUCCAGGAUUAUGAGGAAGGAUUUCCUGGUGUGAUCAUAAAGGUAGAACCAGAAGAGGAGCCGUGGGUCUCAGGCCUCCAAGCAGAGGAGACAGCAACUGUGUCAGGUGUCAAAUCAGGGAAUAAGUGCGUGAAAGAAGAGGAGGAGGACUUUCUUCUGGGAAACACUAAGCAAUUUGAAUACAAUAAAAAAACAUUCGCAGUGGGCAAAGGAAAUGUGUUCCGUUGUGUGGGAAAGUCAGAUCAAUACAGGUCAGAAAAGCAGCAGGGAGGUUACCCUGGGAAGAGAGCUGGAAAGAAACCCUACAAAUGUUCCUAUUAUGGCAAAAUUUUCAUUUGGAGAAAAUACUUCCUUGCCCAGGAGAAAGCUCAUACUGGGGAGAAACCGUACAAAUGUUCAUAUUGCGGGAAAACCUUCAAUGUGAGAUCCUAUCUCCUUGCCCAUGAGAGAACCCAUACAGGAGAGAAGCCACAUAAAUGCUCGCUUUGUGGGAAAGGCUUCAACGUGAGGUCGUACCUCAUUGCUCACUGGAGAACCCACACCGGAGAGAAGCCCCACAUCUGCUCGUUCUGUGGGAAAAGCUUCAGCGGCAGGUCGAACCUGAACAGGCACCAAAGGAGCCACACAGGGGAGAAACCGUACACAUGUGCCGUCUGUGGCAGAAGCUUCAGUCAUAAAGCUCACAUGAUCAGACACGAGAGGAUCCACACAGGAGAGAAACCUUACAAGUGUUUGCAGUGUCUGAAGAGCUUCAGCCAGAGCUCGACCCUCAUAGCGCAUGAGAGAACCCACACCGAAAAACCGUUCAAGUGCUCGCACUGUGAGAAGAGCUUCAGCCAAAGCUCCAAACUUGCUACACAUGAGAGAACCCACACAGGAGAGAAACCCUUUGAGUGCCCCUCUUGUGGGAAAGGUUUCAAUCAUCGGUCUGAUUACAUCAUACAUGAGAGAACCCAUACAGGAGAUAAGCCGUACCCAUGUUCCAUCUGUGGAAAGGGCUUCAGUGGAAGGUCCAACCUGACAAGACAUGAAAGAAGCCACACAGGAGAGAAGCCAUAUCUGUGUUCGCUCUGUGGGAAAGGAUUUUGCCAUAAAGCACACCUUCUCCGACAUGAGAAAAUCCACACAGGGGAGAAGCCUUACAAAUGCUCAGAUUGCGAGGAGAGCUUUAAGCAUCGGACUGACCUCAUUAGCCACGAGAGGAGUCAUUCAGGAGUCAAACAGUAUACCUGCACAGCCUGUGGGAAAAGCUUCAGUGGAAAAUCAAACCUUAACAGGCACAAAAGGAGCCAUACAGGUGAGAAACCUUAUACAUGCUUGGUUUGCAGCAGAAGCUUCAGUCACAAAGCACACCUGAUCAGGCACGAGAGGAUCCAUACAGGAGAAAAACCAUAUAAGUGUUCACGUUGUCUAAAAAGUUUCAAUCAGAGCUCCACCCUUGUUGCCCAUGAGAGGACCCAUACAGGGGACAAACCAUAUAAAUCUUGAGACUGGAAAAUGCUUGAACAACACACCUGCCCCAAUUCUUGGAAACACUGAACUGAUUGAAGUGACUGCAUGCAUUUUUUAAAAGCAUUGCAUUGGAGGUGACGUGUGUGUGUGUGUGUGUUUUAAGCACUUGCAAUAUUAUUAGGAGAAGAUAGGAUAAAAAUGCUGUGUGUGUGGGCAGGGGGGGAAGGAUAUGAAUCAAACCACAGAUUUUCUACAAUCUCUGAAAAUUUACCUAAAAAGAGGCAAAACCCCACCACUCAGCACUUUGUAUCAUUUUUGGAUUGAGAGAGAAAUGAGGAAUGAGACUAUUGUGGCAAAGGAGAUGGAAGUGUUAUCACCCAUCAGGGAUUGAAACUUAGGUUGGGACCCUCAGGUGGGUCAGGGAACCCCACCUGCUGAGUCACGAGCCCCUCGGAAGCUUCUGUUUCUAUUUUGUUGCUUUUUGGAACAGAACACCAGUGCAUGUGAGGACAUCGCACAUCCUACCUUUCUUGAAAAGAGCAGCAGGGUGAUGAGGUGUGGCCACUUGCUGGUAGAGGAUUCUUUUUAACAUAGGCAGGUCUAGAGAUGUGCCUCCGCCCAAAAACUGUCCCUUGUCUUCUCCUAGCCUGGCUGCCACUCAGUCCGCCACUGUUUUAUGUGCACUUGAAUCGUGUAGUUCCACUCCCUGCCAGUGAAGUAGUCACUCUGGCUCCACCCCUUCCCACCGCGUGAUUGAUGUCACAGGACUUCCUGUCCUGUGCUUUGAGCUCUGUAGGCUUCAUGCUGCUGCCUAGGUAUUAAAGAUGAGUCUGGAAAGUUUGAAGACCACAGACACAGAGAGACAGUGGUUCAGUGGUACAGCAUCUGCUUUGCAUGUAAAAGACUUCGGUUUCAGUCCUGGGUAUCUUCAGUUAAAGGAGACGACCAGGCUCUCAUUCCUCUGUGGCAAUCCUUGGAGUGCCACUUCCAGUUGGAUGAGACAGGGCCGCACUACAUAAACCGUUUCAGGCAGCUUUGUAUGAAAGAAGUCUUCAGACUUCUCAGCAUGAGGAAGAAGUACUCAUUAAUCAGUGAUACAGAAACCCACCCACGCUAAAGAAUUAAUAAAUGGUCUGGCCGUGAUGCAAAAUAGAACUUUCCUAUGCAAAGGCAAUAUUCCUUUUUUUAAAAAAAUAAAAAUUAUUGGGUGAGUAAUAAAAGACAGAAAAAAAAUUACAGAUUUUCCAUUAAUCCCCUUGUUUUCUUAUUCCCCCACCCUUUCUCCCUCCCCUUAUCUUAGACUUCCAAAA